AUGAUAGAUACAUCAAAUAAGACACGCAUUCAAGGAAGAAUUAUAAAUGUUUCUUCUGCGGUUCAUAGUUGGGUAAAAAGAACAUGCUUUUGUUUUAAAGACAUGCUCAAUGGAAAAAAUUACAACGGGACGCGUGCAUAUGCCCAAUCAAAAUUAGCCAUGAUUCUACAUGUAAAGGAAAUGGCUAGACAGCUAAAGGCCAAGAAUGCAAGAGUAACUAUCAAUGCAGUGCAUCCAGGCAUUGUGAGAACGGAAAUUAUUAGAGCACAUAAGGGCUUAAUAACAGAUUUCUUGUUUUUCAUUGCAUCAAAGUUGCUCAAAACAGUAUCGCAGGGUGCAUCAACUACUUGUUAUGUUGCGCUGGGCAGGAACACAGAAGGGGUGAGUGGAAAAUACUUUAUCGAUUGCAAUGAGAGUGAUUGCUCAAGUCUUGCAAAUGAUGAAUUAGAAGCUAAAACUCUAUGGAACGAUACAAAUACUUUUCUUCACAAACGACUACAACAAGCACCAACUGGAAGUUCUUCUUCCAUAUUUUCUACACCUUAUGUCUAA